CAUCAGGCUGGUUGGACGCUCUCUUUGCUUUUCCCCACGGGUGACCACGGCUAGCUAGGCCGCCGGCGAGAUGUGGCGGGGGAGAGUCGGGGCUUUGCUCCGGGUGUGGGGGUUUUGGCCGACAGGGAUUCCCAGAAGGAGACUGCUAAGCUGCGAUGCUGCGUCGCAGGCGGGAAGCAAUUCUCCCCGCUGUUGGAACUGCGGCGGCCCAUGGGGCCCCGGGCGGGAGGACAGGUUCUUCUGCCCACAGUGCAGAGCGCUGCAGGCACCUGACCCCACUCGAGACUACUUCAGCCUUAUGGACUGCAACCGUUCCUUCAGAGUUGAUACUGCAAAGCUCCAGCACAGGUACCAGCAACUGCAGCGUCUUGUCCACCCAGAUUUCUUCAGCCAGAGGUCUCAGACUGAAAAGGACUUCUCAGAGAAGCAUUCAACCCUGGUGAAUGAUGCCUAUAAGACCCUCCUGGCCCCCCUGAGCAGAGGACUGUACCUUCUAAAGCUCCAUGGAAUGGAGAUUCCUGAAAGGACAGAUUAUGAAAUGGACAGGCAAUUUCUCAUGGAAAUAAUGGAAAUCAAUGAAAAACUUGCAGAAGCUGAAAGUGAAGCUGCCAUGAAAGAGAUUGAAUCCAUUGUCAAAGCUAAACAGAAAGAAUUUACUGACAAUGUGAGCAGUGCUUUUGAACAAGAUGACUUUGAAGAAGCCAAGGAAAUUUUGACAAAGAUGAGAUACUUUUCAAAUAUAGAAGAAAAGAUCAAGUUAAAGAAGAUUCCCCUUUAAUUGUUGACAGUUUAAAGUUUAAAAAAUAAAGUUCUUGCCAGGCGCAGUGGCUCACACCUGUAAUCCCAGCACUUUGGGAGGCUGAGGUGGGUAGAUCAUGAGGUCAGGAGUUCAAGAGCAGCUUGGCCAACAUACUGAAACCCCAUCUCUGCUAAAAAUACAAAAAUUAACCAGGCAUGGUGGUGCGUGCCUGUAGUCCCAGAUACUCAGUAGGCCGAGGCAGGAGAAUCGCGUGAACCCUGGAGGUGGAGGUUGCAGUGAGCACAGAUCGUGCCACUGUGCUCCAGCUUGGGCAACAGAGUGAGACUUCGUCUCAAAAAAUAAGAAAAU